GUUUUCUCAGUAUCCAACAAAACAAUGUAUGGUCGAAAUAAUGUCUCCAUACAAGUACACAAUCAUGAAUAUAUCCUUUGUAGAAGAAUCCAAUUUCGAAUUUCCAUCAUAGUUUAAAAACUUGCAUGUAUUUAAACUUAUCACUAAAAACAUAGACUAAAAAUCUGUUUUCUCGCAGUUAAUGAUUGUUUAGUUUAUUAAAAACAAAUUACUUUUCAUCUAGUUUGUUAAUAAGACAAUUACAGCUACGGCGAUCUUACGUUUCAUAUCUUCACUGCAAUAAUUCCAACUACAUAAGCUCCACAGGAUCUGCCUUAACCUUUAUGUAGCAUGUAAUUAAAAACACUAAUUGAGUAUUAAAUUAUUAAUCAACCAAUUAAUGACUAAUCACUUCUCCCCCUAUAAAUAGAUCCUUCCACUACUUCUUCCGUCUCACUUCCUUCCCUCCAACAAAAACAACAAAGACAAAACGCAGCCGUUUCAAAGCAAAUAUGUUUUCUUCUUCUCCAACUUCUUUCACUCACACAUUCCUCUCUUCACCGCCUCUCUCCCCCAUAUCUCCACCGUCUCGUGCAACUCGCAUCUCGCCUCCUCCCGCCUCCGCCUCUUGCUUCUACACCUGCUCGGAUGAUUCCCCAAGACCUCAUCCGCUCCCGCGGCGUUUGAGAACGGCCACCGCUUCUCUCUACGAGAUUCUUGAAGUUCCUCACGGCGCCACCAGCCAAGACAUCAAAUCUGCUUACCGGAGACUGGCCAGGAUCUGCCAUCCGGACGUGGCGGGAACUGAUAGGACGAACUCUUCUUCUUCUUCGGCGGAUGAGUUCAUGAAGAUCCACGCGGCUUACUGCACGCUUUCUGAUCCUGAGAAACGCUCUGUUUACGAUCGGAGGAUGCUUCGGCGGAGCCGUCCGUUGACCGUUGGUACCUCCGGGAUGGGAAGUUACGUUGGUCGGAACUGGGAAACUGAUCAGUGCUGGUAGCGAGUUGAGUCUCGGUGACAGAGUUUUAAAAUAGGAAACGUUAAUUAUGGGCUUGACGCUGUAAUCAAUAUUAGUAAUUAGCUGGCAACGGACGUGGAUUAGUGUGCUAUACCGUUGGUUCCGUGUUACGUAGGAUCUACGUGUUUUUUUACCUUGUGAAUCCUAUGUUAGUCAAUGAAAUAAUACUUUAAUUUCGUUUUUAUGAUUAUCUAAGAAUUAACUUAUAACAUGUUUUUUGAGAAUUUAUAAUAUUACCUCCUUCCAGAGCAAAUGAAAAAGUAAUCAAGAAACGAAUCUAAUAUGAAUUACGCCUUGUUAAAAUUAACUUUUUGUUUGUAUGACUGACCUUAUAAUUUCUAUACU